AUGGAGGAACUCGAAGAAAAGAUUCGCGUAUUGACGGAACAACUAGAAGCUGCACAGGCAGCCAAUGAGGCCGCAAACGGCGACGACGUCCAAGGAUUUCGACCUGCUGACGAGGAGGCUCAUGUUGAUGCGUAUAAACGUCGUAUCAGAAUUCCCAGAUUUUAUCAGAAUAACCCGGUUGUUUGGUUCAACGUUAUCGAGGCUUUAUUUCGAAAUAAUAGUAUUCGCUCUGAGAAAUCCCGUGCCGAUAUAGUAAUCGCGGAACUCGACGCGGAUAUAGCAUUGUCUAUUGCUGAUUUGUUAUCACUGGAAACGGUUCCAGCUGACAUUUAUCAGCGCAUGAAAAAGAGACUCAUUUCAACGUAUUCAGCCUCAUCUGAAGCACAAUUACGACAAUUGCUCAAGGGUGAAGUAUUGAGUUCGGGAAAACCGUCGCAUAUUUUGUCACGCAUUCGCAACUUAAGCGGAGGUAAAUGCUCCGAUGACAUUCUUAAAACAAUUUUUCUUGACCAAUUGCCAUCUCAACACCGUGCGAUAUUAGCCUCUUUACCAUUUGACACCUUAGACAAUUUAGCGUCAUCAGCCGACAAAAUUUCAGAUGCAACUGCCCCUUUAAGCAAUCAUGUCGCUUCAGUCACACCUAUUCCAACUAACGAUAACGGAAUCGAGGCAAAAUUAGAUUUGAUCACCGCGGAAAUCGCGGCAAUGAAGUCGAGAUUUAAUGAUUCGGAAAAUAAUAAUCGCCGUCAUUUUAAUCGUUCAAGAUCAAGAUCUCGAAAUAGUCAAUCUCGUGGCCAUUCUCGGGAUAGAUCGUCCAACCAAACCAAAUCAGGGUUGUGUUGGUACCACAAGAAAUUUUCGAAGUCAGCAAAAAAAUGUGUUGAGCCGUGCACCUGGGUUAACAAAGAGGAGAAAAAGGGAAACUAA